AUGGUUUUGCCAAUAAGAUUUUAUGAUAGAUUUACCGUCGAAACCCGAGAGUUUUGCCAGGCAACUAUACCCAGUUUCGAAUUCACUGAAGAAGUAAAUGUAAAGCAAGUUAGAUUCCUUGUUAAAAUUGAAGUAUUAAUAAUUGCGGAACCGGUUGCAACACGGGAUUGUUACGCUCAUAAACGGAUCUUUACCGACCUGUUUGUUGUGAUUGAAAUUGAUUUAACUGAAUGGAUGGACGACCUUAUUAAGUAUAUGCUUUGGCACGAACAUUAA